UGUUUAUUUGGGGAUCGAGAACCCAAGCAAACGUUUGGUGGUAGGUGGUGGGAAUCUAGUUCGAUCACUUUAAUUUUAAAUCCUACAUGUGUCAACAAGGGACCUUCUGAUCUAAAGACAGCGGUGACGGCUUUGAGUUGUUUAUCGGAAAAGUCAGCAGAUCUCAGCUGAUCCUGCCUUGUCUGGAUCCCAGCGGGCCUGUUUAGGAUGCCCAAAGAACCCAAUGAAUCGUCAAGUGAGGAGGAAAAGAAGGUCGACGGAAAAGGGGCAGAAGAUUCCACAGGCCGGACAGAUGCAUCAGAAGAGCUGCUGCGUAAAAGAAUUAGAACGAACACGCCGAGUCCUCACCGACACACUCCUCCGUCCAGCCCGUCCAAGUUCGUGUCUGUGGAGGAACUAAUGGAGGCGGCUAAAGGCGUGACUAACAUGGCGCUGGCUCAUGAGAUAGUAGUAAACGGUGGCUUCCAAAUCAAGCCCACUGAGCCUGCUGAAGGAAGCUUGGAGAAACAAGUUAAGGAAAUUGUGCACAAAGCAUUCUGGGAUAAUCUUGAAACCCAGCUGAAUGACGACCCGCCUGUGUACGAGCAUGCUAUCAAACUGGUCGGGGAAAUUAAAGAGACGCUGUUGUCCUUCCUGAUGCCGUACCAGACACGUUUAAAAGGACAGAUAGAGGAGGCGCUGGACCUGACGCUCAUCCAGCAGCAGGCAGAGAACGGAGCGCUGGACAUCGGCAAGGUGGCUCAGUUCAUCAUCAACACCAUGGGCGCCUUCUGCGCGCCGUGCAGGGACGAAGAAGUCCGCAAGCUCCGGGACAUCACGGACAUCGUGCUCCUUUUUAGGUCUAUUUUUGGAGUCUUGGACAAAAUGAAGAUUGACAUGGCCAACUUUGCAGUCAGUAGUCUCCGGCCGCACCUGCUGCAGCACUCGGUGGAGUACGAGAGGAACAAGUUUCAGGAGUUACUCAAAAAACAGCCGAAUGCCCUGGACUUUACUCAGAAAUGGCUCCAGGAGACGGCGGACUCGGUGCUCAGGGGUGCCGAAGGGGGCGCUGCGGGCUCGCCCCGUUCCUCCUCGAGGCCGCUGCUGAACGUCCACAACCAGGCUUAUUUACGACUGCUGCACUGGGACCACACCAUGGACACUUUCCCCGAGACGGUGCUGAUGGACCGUGGCAGGUUCCUGGAGAUGCAGCUGGAGCUGGAGCGCUUGGCGUUGGUGGCGUCUGUGCUCCUGAUCGUGUACAACAGUGCAGGAGAGGCGAUCUCGGGGCUGCCGGGCCUCAUGGACAAGCUGAAGAGCACAGUCAGGAUCCUGCUGGCUGAUAUGCACACUCCGUCUUUUAAAGCAGACGAGGCAUUCACCGCUAUCGGGGAGAAGCUGUGUUUGGAGCUGGGGGAAUGUCUGACUCAGCAUGGCUUCUCACCUUUUCACCCAGACAGACAGAACACUCUAAAAGGCCAAAUCGCAGCUGUCAAGUCCCAAGACAACCCAAUCCGUAAACUCGUCGAUUCUCGGAUCCAGGCCUAUCUCUUGAGCUUCCUGGACCAGGGUCCUGGGUCUUCGUCUGUUCCCGGAGGUCUGGUUCCCAUCAGCAAGGAGCUGGAGGAUAUCGGGAUCAAAGUGGGCCACCUCGUGAACUUCAACAAGCUGGUCUACUCGCCGUUCUACCAGAAACUCCUCCAGGACAUCGUUCAGGCCGGGGCAGGCGCAGCCACUUAGGCAGCGUCGAACGAAACUGACGACAUGAAGUGAACCAGGCAGCCUAGUGUACCGUACGGUCCCAGAAACAACUGGGUUAUUAGUGUGCUGAAUAUAUCCCAGAAAAAUCCCCUUCUGCCAAUGCUAGCAAAGGAUUUAUCACAAUUAUUAAACAUUUUGAGCCUCCUAUCCUUCCCUUAUAUAUUCAGGGAUCAGUCAGUCGAGCUUAAAGAUUUCGUUUCAUGGAAAAAUUUAAUAAAAAACAAAAACUUUUU